UUCUGUGAAUUGAAAAAUUACCCUUCAUGCUGAUUAAAUAUGUCUGAUGGAGAAGAAGAUUUCAUGUGUGAUGAUGAAGAGGAGUAUGACUUGGAGUAUUCAGAAGAUAGCAACAGUGAACCUGAUGUAGAUCUAGAGAAUCAGUACUACAAUAGCAAAGCUCUGAAAGAUGAUGAUCCACUGGCAGCAUUGGCAUCAUUUACACGAGUUCUUGAACUGGAAGCUGGAGAUAAAGGAGAAUGGGGCUUCAAAGCUCUCAAACAAAUGAUAAAGAUUAAUUUUAAGUUGGGUAACAAGGAAGAGAUGAUGCAGCGCUACAAACAGCUUCUCACAUACAUAAAGUCAGCUGUCACAAGAAAUUACAGUGAAAAAUCAAUAAAUUCUAUUUUAGAUUACAUUUCUACUUCAAAAAACAUGGAACUGUUACAAGAAUUUUAUGAAACAACCCUUGAAGCAUUAAGAGACGCCAAGAAUGACCGACUGUGGUUCAAGACUAACACAAAGUUAGGAAAACUUUACUAUGACCGUGAGGACUUUACCAAGCUUUCUAAAAUAUUAAAGCAGCUACAUACAUCAUGUCAGACUGAUGAGGGUGAAGAUGACCUCAAAAAGGGCACCCAACUUCUCGAGAUUUAUGCUCUGGAAAUUCAGAUGUAUACUGCCCAGAAAAAUAAUAAGAAACUAAAGGCGCUGUACGAGCAGUCCCUGCACAUCAAGUCUGCCAUCCCUCACCCUCUCAUCAUGGGCGUCAUCAGAGAGUGUGGAGGCAAGAUGCAUCUCCGGGAGGGUGAGUUUGAAAAAGCUCACACAGACUUCUUUGAGGCCUUCAAGAAUUAUGACGAAUCUGGCAGCUUUCGGAGAACGACCUGUCUCAAGUACCUCGUGUUGGCUAACAUGUUAAUGAAGUCAGGCAUCAAUCCCUUUGACUCACAAGAAGCCAAGCCAUACAAGAAUGACCCAGAGAUCCUGGCCAUGACCAACUUGGUGGUCGCCUACCAGAACGACGACAUCAACUCGUUCGAGUCUAUCCUGCGCGUCAACAGAGAGAUCAUCAUGCAGGACGCUUUCAUUCGCGAGCACAUUGAAGAUUUGUUGUGCAACAUUCGCACCCAGGUCCUGAUCAAGCUCAUUAAGCCCUACACGAGGAUCUACAUCCCCUUCAUCUCCCGCGAGCUGAACAUUGACACCGUAGAGGUGGAAAAUUUACUGGUGCAGUGCAUACUAGACAAAACGAUUGAGGGCCGCAUAGACGAGGUGGCGCAAGUGUUGGAGGUCCGCAGCGGCACGCCCAUGCAGCACCAGGGCAGCAACCGCUACGCCGCUCUCGACCGAUGGACCCACCAGAUAUAUCACCUGCACAGCGCCCUUGCUGCAAAAAUCUCUUAAAUUGGAUGUAUUAGGAUUCUCGAACUAUUCCUAACUGUCGUAUGUCCCAUAAUUAUCUAAAGAUAGGAUUCAGCUUAGGAAUAAGAGGAUAGGUUUGAGAAAUUACGGAUGGUGAUAGGCUACUCAUAGCCAAAUCCCGUAUUAUUGUCAGCUUAUUGCUUGCAGUACUCUGCCCCCAAUACCUAGCACAUCCCCCACCUCACUUAUUUGCGCCAUAUUAAAGUUGCCUCAAAGUGAUCGAUUUAUUUUAAAAUCGGAGUUCCUGGGAAUAGUUCUAGUUGACCAGCACUCAUAUAUAGUCCGAAAGUCAAGAAACAUUUCUCUUUGUUUUUGCUGCAGCUUUACCUGAUAAUCAUUCGAUUAUGUCUAGUUGCGAGCUUAAGCGUGGAUUGCAUUAGUUGCCGCGAUAAAGAUUUCAGGAGCUUGCUCAUUAUGAUCGCGUAUUUGUGAAGCUUACUACAAAAUUAUGUUUCCGGGAAUUUUUAACAUAAGAUCGUUUUGCUUGAUCAAUGCCCUUCAAAGAGUACUCAUCCACAAAUUCCGUUGAUUAAUCCUAAAUUACAUUAUUAAUGCUGCGAA